UGUAGACCAGUGAUGCCCAAAAAUUACUUAAACGCAGUAUGAUCAAUAGAAAAGUUGUAUCCGUGGUGAAUGAAUAAUGAUUAAUAUAUGCUAUAAACAACAUAUUGUUAAACAUAAACAAAAUUAAUAUUAAAAAUAAAACAAUACUUAUUUAACUAAAAUUUAUUGAUGUAGUUUUUAGAAUUAUUGGAAUUUAUUUAUCAAAUAUUGGUAGAAGGUCAAUGACUGGCUGGCAUAAAAACAUCAGCCAUAGCCAAUCAUUUAAAAUGCCGGAAAACCAAAUGGAACACAUUAAACGGUCAACUACUCACGAAACAUACCAGCAAUGUAGAUCUCAAGAGUCUAAUGAGUAUUUCGAAAACCAAGAAGACAAAAAAAAGAAAGAAUUUGAAGAAUAUUUAUGGAAGAGUAUAACUGAGCAAGUGUUAAAAGAAAAUGAGGAAAAAGCUAAAACGUUUUGUGCCAAGCAAAGUCAAUUUGAAACUACUUAUGGAAUUUCAUACCAAAAAGAUGGAUUUAAAGUCACGGAACUUGGAGAAACAUUAGACAGAGAAUUAUGUGCUAAGUAUCCUUUGUAUGGCACGGUUGGGAUGUCUAUACCCGUCAGAAGAUACGAAUGUCAAAAAAUUAAACAAGCCAUUCAUAAACCAUUGGAUGAAUUAUUUAAGAAAAAUACAGGUUUUACAAAUUAACAGAAUCACAAUGAAUCAUCAAUAAGCAACCAUUUUUUUAAGAAAUUGUAUCUAAAAGUUGUAAUCCCGCGAAAAAAAAUCUUAUGUCCGAUCAAUAUGUUUGUUUUAGUAGAAAAAUGUAUU